UUCAUUUACAUUUUGUUGUUUGGUGGUGUUGGAACAACGUAUUUGAGAUGGAGGGAAAUGGUACCAUGGACCGGCUGGAGGGCCCAUCGAACUUUAUUUUGGUUCCGGCGGUCAUCGCCAUCCUUUGCGGUACCAUCGCCGAUAUUUUGAUCAUUGUGGCGACCAUCAGGACCCGGAAAUGGUACUCGACGUUCAAUUUGUACGUGAUGAAUUGGUGCUUGUGCGAUGCCCUUCUCAUGGUACUCCAACCCACGACUUACAUCGUGAUUUUUUCGGUUGAUUUCGUCGAGCGCAAUUUUUUUUGUAUCUGGAUGGGGGAGAUUGUGGUGGUGACAAUAGGGAAUUUCAUUUUUGUGGCUGCUUUGACCCUUGAUUGGUUUUUCGCGCAAUAUUUCGCGAAUGUUUCAACGAAAAUUCGGCGGUUUAGUAAAAUCCAAAUUGGGGCGAUUUGGGUCGCAAUUGUGGUUCUUACGAUUUACAUUUGUUGUAAAUGUAUCAUGAACCAGGCCCAUGUUUGGAUUUUUUCAGUGACAACAGUCUCACUUGUCAUGUAUUUCAUCAUCCAGAUUUUGUGGUUCAUUAAACGUAAAACUGGAACAGGGAAUGAGAAAUCAAACCUUGCCAUGGCCCUAAUUUCGUGUUAUUUCCUGUGUUGGUUCCCGAAUUAUCUGAUCCAAGCGAUUCGGACCUUCGAGGGUUCCAGUGGCGGUGGUUCCGUUGAAAGUAACGUCGUUACAUCCCUUAUUGGUUACAUGAAUUCGGUCAUAAUGCUUCUGUUACUUUACUACGGAGAUGAGGAAUUGAAGAAUGGUUUCAAUACUUUGUGCUCUCGUCAAGUGGAGGAACCCGAAACAUUGGAAGCAAAGUAGUGAAUAAAUAAAUGCUUUAUUGAAAA